UCCUCCAAAAACCUCCUUUCUUAAACCCCAUUGUCUUCCACUCUUAUCCACCCCCUCAUCAAUGUCCACCCAUUUCUUGACCCAAGCCGCCCUCCCCUUCAAACCUCUCCAUCUUUCCCUCCCACGACCCGUCGUCGUCGUUCGCUCCUCCGCAGUCUCGGCUCCAGCGAAGCGAACCAAAACCAGAAGGAAGAAGCAGCAGCUCAAGGGCGAUGAGUCCUUAUCCCCCGCCCUAUCUGCGGCCGAGAAGAGCCUUCGGUUCACCUUCAUGGAGGAGCUUAUGGAGUGCGCCAGGAAGCGCGACUCUCUCGGUGUCUCCCAUGUCAUCUACGAUAUGGUUGCCGCUGGCCUCACCCCUGGCCCCCGCUCCUUCCACGGCUUAAUUGUCUCCCACGCCCUCAAUGCAGACCUCCAAGGCGCCAUGCAAUCACUGAGGAGGGAGUUGAGUGCAGGUAUUCGCCCACUGCACGAAACAUUUCUGGCGUUGAUUCGGUUGUUCGGCUCUAAAGGUCAUGCCAAUAGAGGUUUAGAAAUCCUCGCAGCGAUGGAGAAGUUAAACUAUGAUAUUCGCCGGGCUUGGCUAGUUUUUGUUGAGGAGCUUGUUAGGAACAAUCAUUUGGAAGAUGCAAACAAAGUGUUUUUGAAAGGCGCCAAAGGUGGGCUGAGGGCUACCGAUGAAAUUUAUGACCUUAUGAUUGAGGAAGAUUGUAAAGUCGGAGAUCAUUCUAAUGCCUUGGAAAUCGCCUAUGAAAUGGAGGCUGCUGGGCGGAUGGCAACCACUUUUCAUUUCAAUUGUCUGCUUAGCGUGCAGGCUUCAUGUGGCAUACCUGAAAUUGCUUUUGCAACAUUUGAGAAUAUGGAAUAUGGAGAAGAUUAUAUGAAGCCUGAUACUCAGACUUAUAAUUGGGUGAUCCAAGCAUUUACAAGAGCUGAAUCUUAUGACAGGGUGCAAGAUGUUGCUGAGUUACUAGGCAUGAUGGUUGAAGACCACAAGCGUGUGCAGCCUAAUGUGAAGACCUACGCGCUGUUAGUAGAGUGCUUUACCAAGUAUUGUGUCAUAGGAGAAGCUAUUCGACAUUUUCGUGCCCUUAGAAACUUUGAAGGGGGAAUGAAAGUUUUACAUAAUGAAGGAAACUUUGGUGAUCCACUAUCUUUGUAUCUUCGGGCCUUAUGUCGAGAAGGCAGGGUUGUUGACUUGCUAGAAGCUUUAGAUGCUAUGGCGAAAGAUAACCAACCGAUUCCUUCACGGGCCAUGAUCUUGAGCAGAAAGUACCGGACUUUAGUGAGCUCAUGGAUUGAACCUCUACAAGAAGAAGCGGAACUUGGAUAUGAGAUUGAUUACAUUGCUAGGUAUAUUGCAGAGGGUGGGCUUACUGGUGAGCGCAAACGUUGGGUGCCUCGAAGGGGAAAAACUCCUCUAGAUCCAGAUGCUGUAGGAUUUAUAUACUCAAACCCAAUGGAAGCCUCCUUCAAGCAAAGAUGUCUUGAGGAUUCGAAGACAUAUCAUCGAAAACUUUUGAAAACCUUACAGAAUGAGGGACUGGCAGCCUUAGGGUAUGCAUCUGAAUAUGAUUAUAUCAGAGUGGAGGAGCGGUUAAGGAAAAUUAUAAAGGGUCCUGAGCAGAACAUUUUAAAGCCCAAGGCUGCAAGUAAGAUGAUAGUAUCUGAACUGAAGGAAGAACUAGAAGCACAAGGUCUGCCGACAGAUGGAACUAGAAAUGUUCUUUAUCAGCGUGUGCAAAAAGCAAGGAGAAUAAAUCGCUCUCGUGGUCGGCCCCUUUGGGUUCCACCUGUUGAGGAGGAAGAAGAAGAGGUUGAUGAAGAGGUGGAUGAACUAAUUUCUCGAAUCAAGUUGGAAGAAGGAAAUACAGAGUUCUGGAAACGCCGCUUCCUUGGAGAAGGCUUUAAUGGCGAUCAUGGAAAACCUGUGGACAUGGGCAAAUUAGAACCUCCAGAUGUGUUGGAUGAUGUUGAUGUAGAAGACGUUGCAAAAGAGGUUGAAGAUGAUGAGGCUGAUGAAGAGGAGGCAGAGCAGACUGAGAGCCAAGAUGGAGACAGGGUGAAGGACAAGGAAGUUGAAGCCAAGAAGCCUCUUCAAAUGAUUGGAGUCCAAUUGUUGAAAGAUUCUGACCAAACAACUACCUCAUCCAAAAAGACAAGGAGAAGAUCCUCUCGAAUAUCUGUGGAGGAUGAUGAUGAUGAUGACUGGUUUCCUGAGGAUAUAUUUGAGGCAUUCAAGGAACUGAGAAAAAGGAAGGUGUUUGAUGUGUCAGACAUGUAUACAAUAGCUGAUGCUUGGGGUUGGACAUGGGAUAGAGAACUAAGGAACACACCUCCACGAAGAUGGUCACAGGAAUGGGAAGUUGAGUUAGCAAUUAAAGUUAUGUUGAAGGUAAUAGAAUUGGGUGGAACACCAACUAUUGGCGAUUGUGCAAUGAUCUUGCGUGCUGCUAUAAAGGCUCCAUUACCGUUGGCUUUCUUGAAGAUCCUGCAGACAACACACAGUCUUGGCUAUACAUUUGGGAGUGACCUUUAUGAUGAAAUCAUCUUGCUAUGUCUCGACCUUGGGGAGCUAGAUGCAGCCAUUGCAAUUGUUGCAGAUUUGGAGACAUCUGGAAUCACAGUUCCAGACGAAACUUUGGACAGAGUGAUUGCUGCUAGACAGAUAAUUGACAUAUCUGUCAAUGACGUAACAUCAUAACUGCGGCUUAUACUUCUAUCUCCCUUUCUUAUAGCCUGAUUCUGGAAUAGCAAACAGCAUGUGUCAACGGUGGCUCUGCAUACAAGGAGUAUUUUUCCAGUGCUGCAAAUCAAUGCAGAAGGCAAGUGUAAAGUAGGUCUCAAUUAGGGCGGUAAUCGAGCCGAGUAUUUAAUGUUAAAGCUCUAUUCAUUUAAUUUUAUUUUUUACACGAGCGGAGGUUGAGCUUAUCACUGAACUAGAUAAUUUGUUCAAGCUUAGUUCAUUUAAUUUUCGAGCGAAUUUGUGUUUGUUCACGAGCUGCUCAAUUAACUUAUUCAUUCUUUAUCAUGAAUGAAUAUCAUUUUUUUUUU